GAGAACUCUGUAUAUACCAAACACGAAAUGGGACGCAAGCAUUUUGAUGUACGCAAAUUGAUGGAAGUUAUCUUUGUGUCAAUUAUAUUUGUUACAAUCGUAACAGCAUCGACGCCUGAGAGUUUAAUUGAAUUGGAUGAAGAUAACUGGAAUUUAAUGCUAAGUGGCGAGUGGAUGAUUGAAUUCUUUGCGCCAUGGUGCCCUGCCUGUAAGAGCCUUGCUCCUACAUGGGAACAUUUUGCACGUAAAACCAAUGACCUUAAUAUUCAUGUGGCCAAAAUUGAUGUUACUACUGCACCGUCCCUCAGUGGGCGUUUUUUUGUUACUGCUCUCCCGACGAUUUAUCAUGUCAAAGAUGGUGAGUUUCGUCAGUAUCGCGGGGCUCGUGAUGGCGACUCCUUACUCUUCUUUGUAAAAAAUCAACAAUGGUUGAGUACAGAACCACUCUCUGCAUGGAAAAAACCAGACACCAUCCAUAUGUCUGUUCUCUCGUAUUUUUUUAAGCUUUCACACACUUUGAAGAACUUUAAUGCACGACUGCAAGAUGACUAUGGUCUGCCCACUUGGGGCUCGUAUGCGCUAUUUGCCAUUGCCACAAUAUUUGUGGGUGCAGCUCUUGGUUUGCUGUUGGUAUGCCUUGUGGACUUUAUCUACCCACCAAAGAAAUAUCAGCGUCAAGGUUUUUCGGGAUCUCACGAUAAUCUUGCAGAAGGUCUCGAAGAUCUAGCUACUGAAGAAAUCGCUGAUGAUACCGAUGCUAGCGAAGACGAGAAAGGGAAAGAAGAGGACGAUAAUUCACAAACGAAAGACGGCAAAUCUGAAACAGAGACUUCUGAAUGUCAAAAUGGCGGAGUAGCUGAUGAUGUGGAGAAAAAAGAAAAGCAAACCACAGAUCAAGUACGAAAACGUAAACCACGUAAGGCGGAUUAAAUGGUUGGAUGAUGUACGAACAAGUGGUAACAAAAAGACUACCAUCUUAAAGGAAACAAUUCUGCAACUUUAAAUUGUUUUUUGUCUACACAGUCUACGUUAUAAUUUUGAGCAAUACUAAAGUAUGUAUGAACUAUUUGGGCCUAUAAAUUUGCAAUCACUUGUUACA